CGCUUCCCUCGUUUUGUGUUUUGUUGUUCUAUUCGAUCGCUUAUAUCCCUGGGCUCCUCUGCUUCAUCCUUGUCCGAACAGAGAAUCCUUGACUUCGACUCACUCGCUUCGUCGACUUGGACUCGUUCUAAACUUUGGUACCAGUCGUUAUCCUAUAACUCCGUCCGUCUAUCCGAUAUCUAGAUAUACAUGACGGUGACACUCCCGCCCUCGCUCCUCCGACACUUGUCAUACUAUACUACUCCCCAUUUGCAUGCUUCCCUUGGAUCUGUCAAGGACUUCUCUGACCUUUAGUCGUUCGCUUGGACCGGUUGGACUUGUCGCUGUCUGCCCAACGUAGCACUGAUCCUUCCCUCUCCGUCACUCACAUGAACAUUCGUCGUCUCACCAUCAGCAGUACCCGGAGCGAGAUGGGCCUGCUAGACGAACCUCAAGAGCCCGGCACCCCACCCCCCGUCUGGACACCUGCCACAACCGAGUUCUGGAAGAAACCUUCAAAAUGGCAGAUAUGUAUGCCGAGAUUGACCCUGGUCGCAAAGCUGGUGGUCACCACCAUGGCUUUCGUCGUCCUGGUCAAAGCUAUAGGUCAGGGCCCAGUACAGUCGUCCAAACCUCCUCCGCCACCACCCAAGCAACCUACAAAUGCCGAAAUGAAAGAAAUGGCAGAUAGCAUCAGUUGGACGUGGAAAGAUUACCCUCAACAUGACGGCCUAACCCGGGGUACCUCACAUUUGGAUGGUUGCAAAGCUGGUCAAACAGAUUGUAUCCGCAAAACUCCACACCUUGUCCGCUACGAUGGUCUGAAGAAUUUCCAAGAAUCUCCCGAGGACAUUCUCUCGUGUAUUGGCCCCAGAGGGCUUCAGCUCAACGAAAGCGACGAAGACGCCAUUUGGGCUUACCCUGGUCGUGCGGCAGGUGCCGUCGAGCCAAGCUUGGGCUCAUACAAAGCUGCUGGAUUGGAUGGUGAUGUCUCGUUUGACCGCAUCGGCCGCUUCAAGGCCUAUGGAUUAGACCAGUUCGACGCGACCGAUGAAGACGAGUUGAAAAAGAAGUCCGGAGACGUUGAUUUCGAUACUGUCGACUGGGGCGAACUGCAAGAGUCCUGUGCUGUCCUCAACAAGAAUCGAUUCAAGCCUCUCAAAGAGCGGCCUUCCAACUCGAUUCAGUACUCGAAUUUGCGUCACAAGCAUGACCAGCCCUCUCCCAAGAGCCCGUCAUCUACCCUGGAUCUGAGCUCAAAGACUAAACGAACCGCUAUUUUGAUUCGAGUCUGGACUGGUGCCAAAUGGACCGCCGACGCAGUCAUGAACAUUCGAUCAAUGGUAGCCGAGGCCUCUUUGGCCAGCGGCGGUAAAUACCAAGUCUUCCUUUUGCUUCACGUCAAGGAUGAAUCUGUACCUUUGUUUGUCGGCGAGAAUCAGCCACAGGCAACCAUCGACAAAUACAUUCCUCCCGAAUUCCGCUCCAUGACUGAAGUGUGGAAUCACGCGCAAAUUCGGAGCUUGUAUUCUAACCUUGCACAACAUGCGUUUGUGGGACGAUCACCUUGGAUGAUCGUCCAAUGGUUCGCACGGAAUCAUCCAGAAUUCGACUUUUUCUACCAAUGGGAGUUCGACGUUCGUUAUACCGGCCACUACCUCGACUUCUUCGAGGGCGUCUCCAACUUUGGUCGCAAUCAGCCCCGCAAAGGAAUCUGGGAACGUGCUGGUAGAGUCUACAUCCCAGAGGUCCAUGGCGACUUUGACACCCAGUUCCGACAGCGCACCCGUCAAGAAGACCCUCAUCAUGUCUGGGGGCCCGUCUCAGUGGAAGGCGUCAAACCUCGCGGUCCCAAACCACCCGUGCGCGAGUCCGAGGAUAACUACCAAUGGGGUGUGGGAGAGGAUGCCGAUUGGAUCGGCUUCUUGCCCAGCUUCAACGUCACUGGGACUAACUGGUGGUUCAAAGAUUAUCUCUGGGGCUAUGCUCAAGGCCAUUCGACCCCUCGCAGGGCGACUUUAGUUGCCCAAGGCCGAGUCAGUCGUCGAGUCCUCGAUAUCAUGAACUAUGAGAACGCGGAGAACGGGCAUCACAUCGACGCUGAAAUGUUCCCGCAAACAAUGUGUCUUCACCAUGGAUUGAAGUCCACCACGUACCCACACCCUAUCUUUGCCGAUCGACACUGGCCAGCUCAAGGUCUGCAGAAGACCUUUAAUGGAGGGCCUUUCGGUCAGGCAGGAGGCCAUUGGAACAGCACCUUCAGUAAAUGGAAUGAGCACGCUUGGACCAACAUGACGUGGUACUAUAGCUCUGCUCAAGCUAUGCCUAUCUACCAACGAUUCCUCGGCGUCACAGCACACGAGAGCGGCGGUCAAGAAUGGGAAGACGCAUAUGGCCGGACGGUUGUUCGGCCAAUGCUGCUUCACCCUGUUAAGGGCGCUAAGUCGUGGCUCUGGACCGAUGGAGAGUGGCUCCAGACCAAAGGAGGGACAUGAUCCUCACCCCCAUUUCCAUCUGGCACGCAGAGCGUGCCUUGAGAUUUUACAUGCAUUAGCCCAGGAGUUUGGAGUGUGGCAUACGAUUUGAUUGAUGAUUACCACAGGAGGGACCUCGUAUAUAUGAGAUCAAAGGUCUUUUUUGCAAUGAUGGAUGAAAGACUGGGAGUUGCAACCCUGCCAGAUGAGAUAUUGACACAUACACGAAGAGAUGAGAGGUUUGGUUGCACAGUUUGCACCAGUCGGUGGUGCCCAGGAGGAUCACCUGAACAUAUUGAUGAACAGGGAUCACAGCACAGCGGUCCAAGUUGAACGUACUGUAUAUAGAGAUAGAGUAGCUAGCCGAGAGGCGGCGUAAAUACAUAAUAAUUGUAAUCGACCAGUGGA